AUGCACCUCUCCUUCCCCGGCGCCGCCCGCCUCCUCGUCAAGCUCCGCCGCCUACGACACCCCCGCCCGUGCAUCCACCUCCAGAGCUCCUCGGGCCCUGGCCCACAAACGGACUGGAGCCUCGCGGACGAGCUGGCCGACGAGCCGAACGAUGGGAGCGUGAGCGAAGGAGGGCAUGGAAUGGGUAAGGCAGCGGUGAGCAGGCGGUGCAUACCGCUCAUUAAGGAAUACACGUUCGUGUGCCGUGACGGCGUCGACACGGCACGGCUGCUUAGGCUCGUGAGGGCGGAGUUGCUGGAGCAAGCGAAAACGCUGGGUGGGAGUGUCCUUGUCGACGAGCAAUGGUCUUGCACGAUCUGCGGUCCCCGAGACGACGGACGGACGUUCAAAGUGCACAUCCGCUACGCCGCCUCCGCCGCCCGCUCUGCACGCCCCGACCCACAGUCGCCCGUCGCGAUCGAGCACGCGAAGGGCAUCCCCGGGCUCAUGACCAUCCUCGACCGCGAGGAGUGUUUCUGA